AUGUCCUCUCAAAGAGGCUUAGAAAUUCCUCUCACAGAAGCAGCUGUCUCUCAAGUAAUUCAUGAUGAAACGGAUGAUAUUGCGCAAAGCUUCAGAGAAAGAUAUGAUCUGAGGCAAGGUCUUCACCAGCGGCACAUUCAGAUGAUUGGUUUGGCCGGCACAAUCGGCACAGGCCUAUUCCUCAACUCUGGCCAAGCACUCGCAAUGGGAGGGCCUCUGGGUGCCUUCCUUGGGUACACUAUUAUUGGCCUUGCUGUUUCUAGUGUCGUCCUCACUAUUGGGGAGAUGGGCGCUUUAGUGCCUCUCAGUGGAGGUCUCGUCCGGUAUUCACAAUUCUUCUUCGAUCCUGCCAUGUCCUUCGCUAACGGAUGGAUUCAAGUAUACUCAUACUUGGUGACUAUCCCUGCUGAGAUCGUGGCAGCUUCGAUCUUAAUUGAAUUCUGGAUUACUGUCAGCAGCGCAAUAUGGAUCACUGUUUUCAGUAUGCUGAUAUUCGUUACUGCGCUAUUUUUCAUCAGAGUUUAUGGGGAGAUUGAGUUUGCAUUUGCGAUGCUGAAGAUCUUACUGAUCCUUGGGGUAAAUAUUAUGGCACUUGUGAUUACGUGUGGUGGAGGACCAAGUGGCCAAUCGAUUGGAUUCAAAUACUGGGAAGACCCAGGGCCCUUCGUUCAGUACUUUGGUAUCAAGGGUGCUUUGGGUCGAUUUCUCGGUUUCUGGUCAACUCUGAACAACGCAGUGUUUGCAUUCGCAGGAGCUCAAAAUAUUACCGUUGCUGCAGCUGAGACGAGAUCUCCAAGGCACGCCAUCCCAAAGGCAACAAAGCGCAUAUUGGUCCGCAUCUUUCUCUUCUAUGUUAUGUCCAUAUUCAUGGUUGGUUUGGUUGUUCCUUCUAAUGACCCCAACCUCCUUCAUUUGACUGGCACAGCUUCCCAAUCCCCAUUCGUUAUAGCCGCUCGUCGGGCAGGAAUACAGGAUGUACCCUCGAUUAUUAAUGCCGCUAUAAUCACUUCAGCCUACUCAGCUGGCAAUUCAUUUAUCCUUGUCGGCUCCCGAAUUCUCUUUGGCAUGGCAAUACAGGGACAUGCUCCUGCGGUCUUCGCGCGGCUGAACCGAUUCAGUGUGCCUUAUGUGGCCAUCAUCUUCUUCGGGGCCUUUAUGUCCUUGGCGUAUAUGGUCGUCUCUAAGUCAGCAAUCACAGUCUUUAACUGGUUGCAGGCCGUUGUGGCAAUCUCUACUUUGGUGGACUGGGGAAUUAGCUGUGUCGUAUAUCUCCGAUUCUACUACGGUUGUAAGAAGCAGGGGAUCGACCGCUACAGAGAGCUUCCGUGGGCUGCCCCUUUUCAACCUUACUCGACCUGGGCUUCGCUUGUGCUGAUCCUCCUUUUACUUUUUACUGGAGGUUUCAGCACGUUUAUUCAUGGCCACUGGAGUUCUGAAACAUUUAUUUCGUCGUACAUUAACAUUCCAAUCUUCCUAGCUCUGUACUUCGGCUACAAAUGGUGGAAGAAAACGCGUAUCCUCGCUUUGGUAAAUAUUCCGAUUGUCGGCUUGAUGCAGUUCUACCUCGGCCAAGAAAACAUCGAGCCUGAACCACAACGUAAAAAGGGACUUGCGAAACUCAAUAUUCUUUGGUCGUAG